GAGAGGACGGGGAGUUUCACCAGAACAGAGAACAGGGAAAUGAAGUUGUCAGACAGGCCAGCACCAGCACUUCUCUCUCCACAGCUAGUGCAGCUAGCAAGUUAGGUGACUGACGAUUUACAUGAAAUAUCACAGCUAUGAAAGUCGUACGUUUGAUCAACUUGUAGCUUCAAUUGGUGAGACGGUCACAGAUCAGAGAUAAGGUCACAGACGGUUCAGAGAAACUAGCGUUAAAGUGAAGGGAAGAAAGUGAAGACAACUUGCUAGCCUGCUAGCUAACCUUUAGCCACCGAGCCUCCUUCAGCUUCUCAUCCAGAGUUCACACGGGAUUUGAAACUAGCAGCCAUGCCUUUCCCUUUUGGAAAGUCUCAGAAGAGCCCUGCUGAAAUAGUGAGGAGUUUGAAGGAGAAUGUGGCAUACUUGGAAAAGUUGGAUGCUGCAGACAGCAAGAAGUGUGAAAAGGUUGCAGAGGAGGCAUCCAAAAAUCUGGCUUCACUAAAAGAGAUACUUAGUGGAACAGGUGACAAGGAGCCUCAAACUGAAGCUGUGGCUCAGCUUGCACAAGAGCUGUACAACACCAACCUCCUAAUUGCUCUUAUUGCAAACCUGCAAAAGAUUGAUUUUGAGGGGAAGAAGGAUGUGGUUCAUUUGUUCAGCAAUAUCGUGAGACGUCAGAUUGGCACCCGUACACCCACUGUAGAAUACAUCUCUACACAUCCCCAGAUCCUCUUCAUGCUUCUGAAAGGAUAUGAGAGUCCAGAAGUGGCUCUGAACUGUGGAAUGAUGCUCAGAGAGUGCCUGCGACACGAGCCGUUGGCACGGACGGUGCUCUUCUCUGAAGACUUCUAUUGCUUCUUCGGUUAUGUGGAGCUCUCAACCUUUGACAUCGCCUCAGACGCUUUCGCUUCUUUCAAGGAUCUCCUCACAAGACACAAGAUCAUGUGUGCAGAUUUCCUUGAGAACAAUUAUGACAGGGUGUUCACAGAAUAUGAGAAGCUUCUGCAUUCUGACAACUACGUCACCAAACGUCAGUCACUGAAGCUUCUUGGGGAACUUCUUCUGGAUAGACACAACUUCACUGUCAUGACAAAAUACAUCAGUCGGGCAGAGAACUUAAAGCUGAUGAUGAACAUGCUCAGAGACAACAGCCGAAACAUCCAGUUUGAAGCGUUCCAUGUCUUCAAGGUAUUUGUUGCAAACCCAAACAAGACUCAGCCCGUGCUGGACAUCCUGCUGAAGAACCAGACCAAACUGGUGGAAUUCCUGAGCCACUUUCAGACCGACAGAGCAGAGGACGAGCAGUUCUGUGAUGAGAAGAACUAUCUGAUUAAGCAGAUCCGCGACCUGAAGAGGCCAGCUGCCCCAGAGGAAGCUUAAAGAGGAAGGGAACACCGCUCCAUCAGGUUGUACAUGUACAGGUGGUGACUGGAGCUGCAGAGGGCUAAGAACGAGCUUAGAAGACAUGCUUCAUUAAGAGUCAAUAUUAACUAAAAAAAAUAUAGGAAAAAAAGUAAUGAUAACUUCCUUCACUUUUUUUUUUGUUAGUGUGGAUGUGGAGGUGAUUUCCAUCCACAGCAACCUGAUUGGGCUGAAAACUGUUAUUAAACCAUUGUGCUUCUUCUUAGGUGAUUAUGACAUGCAUUUAGUCCCUUCUUGUAAUGUUGGACCUUAAACUGUUACCCUUCUGCAUAAUUUGUUGCUGGCCCCCAUUCCCAGCCAACAUGAGCUCUGAGGUGCUCUUUAAAUCUGUCUCAGAAACGUGUCCAUAUUUUAAUGAUUGAAAACUGAAGAGUAAAUAUAUUAUUUUUCUAAUGCAGCUUGAUGGUUUAAAAGCAUACAGUAACUUUUCUCUCUGAUCAUUGCUUAGUCUAACUCGAUGCAUAGCUUUGGUUUUUUGCCUUAUUGUUAGCAGUUGUGUUGUACAGGUUUUUAAAUGAUCCGAUAUAAGGCUUCGGCAGACUUACAUGGAUCAUAUUGGCCAGGUCAGCAAAUAGUUCUGGUGAUUUCUGUGUUGCUGUUAGGCAAGUUUGGUUGCAUGUGUGAGAGGUUGCAGCUGUCAGGAAUGAUCCUGCAGUGCAGUUCUUGCAGAUGCAUUAGCUGGCACAGGAAGAGAAAAUCAAAACCAUAGAGAAAUCAAUUUAUUGUGCUGUGAUUUUGAGGCCGCGCUCAGGCGAGGCUUACAUCACUUAAAAUAGAAACAAGGCAUCAGAUAAUGCUGCAGGGUACCAGCCAUCCAUUCCCCACUAACAUGGACAGCCAGGAUAAACCAAUUGAUCCCACUUCAUGACAUCCACACAAACCGAGCGAAAGAUUGCAAUUUAAUACAAGGAUUAAAUCAACGACUGGUUCAUGAGGCUUUAAACAACGUUAUUCAUGCCAUCUAAGGCAUUUCUCAUUUACGACUGAAGCACUGCAAACACCUGAAAUGCAGUUUCCAUGGAGGUGUCGCCAACAAGGCUGCAUCAUAAUUAUGCUACACUGUGAAACUCAAACGAGAGCACAACGUGUUCUUAAACAAAGUCGACAUUUCAAAGAGUCUCUACACUGACUUCUAUAAGUGAUAGGUUUUCUCAUUUCAUUUUGCCGUUGGGCACGUAACAAACAUCUGUUGUGACACCUGAUUUGAGAAUCCGGCAGGCUUUAGGUAUUGGACUUUUUGAUUUGCCCUUACUGACCUGAUCACCUGAAUCAUGUGUCAACACUGACAUCCAUUCAUCACACAGUUAGUUAUUUAAAGUUCAAAUAAUACAAAGGAGAGAUGUUGGCAGAUGUUGAAACAAGUACGGGAUAUUUUAAUAUCAUAAUUGUCUGAUGAAAUAUAAUGAACCGUUUUAAUAGAAUACACUGCAACACGCCGUAUCACAUCAUAACCCCCAUGCACUGCUAAAACAAGAAACGAGUUUGUUCUGGAUGACGAGCACUGAAUAAGGGUUCCUCACAUGCAUUGCUGAUCAGUUACAUUUCUUAAGAAGAUGUUUGUUGAAAUAAUGCCUUACUUCUGCCGUUGUCACUAAAAUGGCUAAUUAGGGAUUUCAAAGAAUAUUCUGUCUGUACGCACAGUCUUCUAGUAUAUACCUCAUGGGAUUUGAGUUUGCAAAUGCUGUGUUCUCUUUCCUUUUCCCUUCAUAGGCAAGACAUUUGACCAUUUCAAACACACGACAGUGAUUUUUUUUUUUAUGCACGCCUGAACUUGAUGAAUAAGUUCAACCUCCAACAGGGACUGCGACCUCGUUUUCACAAUGGAACGCUCGAUUUUUAAAAUGAACUAUUUCCUUUGGUGGUGCCACACAAAGGUUAAUUCAUAAUGAAUUGCAGUGUGGUACCUGGUAAUAAAGUUUGCCUUAUUUAAAGACAUUGAAUAGAUCGUAAUGAUUAUGUAAAUUUCCAGACCUCUUAAUUUGCUUUUAAACCAAAGUCAAUAUUAAAAGGGUAAAAUGUACAUUUCAAGUCUCGCAUGCAUUAACAGUUAAUUUCUCAGAUCCACCUGCAGCGUGUGACGUAGGUUUAUUAUCCUCUGCAUUCUGCUUCAAUGUGAUCCCAUGUCGAUGCUUCUUUCAUUAGAGAUCUACCGACUACAUCAAGAGUAGCUCUACAGGGGUGGUUCAUUGGCUUUUAGAGAAAUCUCUAUCUUGUUUUCCGCUCCAGGUAGUCACAAGGUAGCAUCAGGCCUUUAUGGAUCCAUAAAAUGAUUUGAGAAAUCUGCUGAGAAUGUGCGCCAACAUGCAGAAGUAGACUGAAGUCCUGCACACAGUACACUGUCAUGCCAUCCCUUUGCAAAGAAAGUUUGCUUGAGAAUGUGUAUUCAACAUUUCAAACUUUGGUGAUAGCUUUUAGUGUAACUCAAUUUCUCAAACACCAUGUUAAUGGGUUGGACUGAACCCACAUACAGAGUAGUCAUUAUAACUCUGACCACAAACAAACUUACUGCUUGCUGUAAAGCAAAAGUUGCAUAACAGGCUUUUGUAAAAGUACCCAAGAUGACUGGACUGUUGUGUAACACAUGACAUCCAUUGUAACAUCAAUGAUCCAAAGUAGUUUUCAAUCUGGAAUCUUUAUGUGCAUUCAAACUUUCUUCAACUUUGAGUCUGGAGCCAUGACCUGCACUCUGGGAAGGACAUGCUGUACACAGUCGUCCCAUCAGAGGGCGCUGUUGGCAACAAUUGGCACCUUGUAUGAGUUGUACAAACAAAGCAUUUCAUAUUUCUAUAACCCUACCUCUAAUUAUGACUAUAUAAAUCACUGGUAAUAUUUUAUAGACAUUAAAAAAAAUAAUUCCUUGAGAUUGACAUGAUAUAUUUUAUGAUUUAGAAUUUCCUGUUUCAAUCUUGGUUGUGCUUUACUUUUUUUUUUUUUUUACUUUGUUGCCUUCUUUUAUUUUCCCCCUUCUCUUUUCACUUCUGGAUAUUUUCCUUAUUUACCUUGGGAGCGAAUUAUAUGUACAUAACUUUAUAAAGGAUAAAAGUGUGAGAGCAUUCAUGAAAAUAAAAACUUUAUGGAAAU